UGGAUAUUCGCUGCUACACAGAGCUUAGGUUUGUCGCUGGUCUAAUCCAUCUCAUCUUCUUCACGUUCAUCAUGAAGGUCCUCGUUGCUUUCCUGGUCGUAUGCCUUGCAGUGGCCGUGCGGUCCCAGAGCUGCAAACAGACUACCGCCAUCACGUGCACUGGUGACUCGUACAGUUGCGCUGAGGUCACAGUCACUUGCAACUCCUACUGCAUGUCCGGAUCUACGUAUGCCAAGGUUCUAGGUAUUGGUGUUACCAACUGGCACAAGAAAUGCUACACCGCCAGUGACGCUUCCCGCAUCAACUGCGGAACCCAGAACUACACCUGCAAGACGGAUACCGCGUUCGGUUUGACCUUCUCCUACUGCUGGAGAUGCUGCACCGGUACUGACUGCAACAACGGCACUCCACCCAGUGCCUCAUCCCAUGCACAACCUCUGAAGAGAUGCAAAGUGACCACGGGCACAAAUACUGGCAGCACCUACAACUGCGCAGAGAGCACAGAGCCGUGUGAUUCCUACUGUCUGUCAGGGUCUAAUUAUGACAUAGUUAAUGGAUCUGGUGUAACCACCUGGACCAAGAAGUGCUAUACCUCCAAUGACACAUCCCAGAUCGAUUGCGGAACCCAGAACUCCACGUGCAAGACGGAUGGGUUCGGACACGCAUACUGCAGGAGAUGCUGCAAUGGAACUGACUGCAACGACGACACUCCUCCAAGUGCCUUAUCCUAUGUACAAUCUCUGAAGACAUGCCAAGUGACCACGGGCACAUGUACUGGCACCACCUACAACUGCCUAGAGAGAACAGAGUGGUGCGAUUCCUACUGCCUGUCAGGGUCCGAUUAUGACAUCGUUAAUGGAGCUGGUGUAACCACCUGGACCAAGAAGUGCUAUUCUUCCGCUGACACCUUCCAGAUUGAUUGCGGAACCCAGAACUCCGCGUGCAAGACGGAUAGCGCGUCCAGACACACAUACUGCAGGAAAUGCUGCACUGGAAGUGACUGCAAGGACGCCACUCCACCCAGUGCCGUAUCCUAUCUACAAUCUCGGAAGACAUGCCAAGUGACCACGGGCACAUGUACUGGCAGCACCUACAACUGCAAAGAGAGAACAGAGUUGUGCGAUUCCUACUGCCUGUCAGGGUCCAAUUAUGUCGGGGUUGAUGGAUCUGGUGUAACCACCUGGACCAAGAAGUGCUAUACCUCCAAUGACACAUCCCAGAUCGAUUGUGGAACCCAGAACUCCACGUGCAAGACGGAUGGGUUCGGACACGCAUACUGCAGGAGAUGCUGCAAUGGAACUGACUGCAACGACGACACUCCUCCAAGUGCCUUAUCCUAUGUACAAUCUCUGAAGACAUGCCAAGUGACCACGGGCACAUGUACUGGCACCACCUACAACUGCCUAGAGAGAACAGAGUGGUGCGAUUCCUACUGCCUGUCAGGGUCCGAUUAUGACAUCGUUAAUGGAGCUGGUGUAACCACCUGGACCAAGAAGUGCUAUUCUUCCGCUGACACCUUCCAGAUUGAUUGCGGAACCCAGAACUCCGCGUGCAAGACGGAUAGCGCGUCCAGACACACAUACUGCAGGAAAUGCUGCACUGGAAGUGACUGCAAGGACGCCACUCCACCCAGUGCCGUAUCCUAUCUACAAUCUCGGAAGACAUGCCAAGUGACCACGGGCACAUGUACUGGCAGCACCUACAACUGCAAAGAGAGAACAGAGUUGUGCGAUUCCUACUGCCUGUCAGGGUCCAAUUAUGUCGGGGUUGAUGGUGCCGGUACUGGUGAGAGGACCUGGAUCAAGAAGUGCUAUACAUCAGCUGACACAGCCCAGAUCAACUGCGGAACCCAGAACUCCACUUGCCAGACGCAGGAGACAUCCAAUGGGACUGUAGGCUACUGCUGGAAAUGCUGUACUGGCGAUGACUGCAACUCAGGCACUCCACCCAUCCCACCUAUGGAGAGCUCCAAGGCUUCCACCCUGCAAAUUGUCAGCCCAAUCACCAUAUUCCUACUCAUUGUGCACAUCUUCUAUUUCACUAAAUAGACCUUAUUAUAUCGAAGAGUUCAGGUGUGGAGUACUGUUUCGUAAAAGCUCAGACGACAUUAGUUGUGUUCCCUUCCUAAGUUUCAGGCAUCUACAUUAUGUAAUGUAUUUGAAUUAUUACCAUGUCUCCCGUCUUGGUGUCGUCUUUAAGCCUUGACGGAUUAUGCUACUUCAAGAAGUAAUAUUUUCGUGAAAUUAUGCUUUUCGCAUUGCUGAAAAAUUGCAGAAUUAUACUAUUUUUAUGCUGAAAGUUAUCAUAUUAUGCCGCAUUAUGCUCACAUAUGCUGCUAAUGUAUAUUAUGGUUCUGUGCAAAAUAACAGGGGAUAA